UCACCUGUCAUGGCGAAAUAAUGAUUUUUAGUUAGCGAGGAGAUACAGGUGUGCUAUUAGAUCUACCUGGACUUAAUAUGGGUCGUUUACAAGCGAUAUGUUUACUGAUUUGUUGCUGCUUUUCUGAAGUAACAUUUGGAACUAGCUCUGCCCUACCGUGCCAAUGUGAAAGCAGGGAUCUAUGUAAGCCAAUGCCUCGAGCACAACCCAAGAAGAACAUGGAGGCGUAUGUGGUGACGGAAGGAAAGUCCCCCUAUGACAAGUGGCACUGGGAUCAUAUCACCAUGGUUCUCAACGAAGGAGCUGACAACGACAAACUCAUGUGUCACGCACAUUCACUUGGCGUAGGAUACACCAUUAUGGAGGAGAUGCCGGUCUACGAUAACUACACCAACAAUAGUAAUUACUCGGACUGGGUAGAAAAAAUAGGGAACCGUGCCACGUCAAUGUAUGCCGAUGGAGUUGCAGUCAACUUGCUCAGCCUGAUGGGGCAGUGCCAAGUUGAUGCCCAGCAUGUUGAUAUUGUCACUGAUGCUGUUGCCCAGGUUUAUCGCAAAAUCAAGACAGAAGGAUGGCCAAAGCUCUUCUGUAUUGUUCCGUGGAUGCCACCCUGCUACCAAGGACAGUGCCACCUGACGUCAGAAAUUAUUAAAUAUUGUGACUACUUUGUUACAAACCCAGAUAGCUUCAUCACUUCCUGCAACCUACAGUGUCGGGCACAAGCUACCAUCCCAAAGGGUCGAAUGGUGCUAGGCAUUGACGAGUACCUGUCUGUUGGUGUUCCGAAAAGCAAAAUGUUGAUGGGUGUUCCGUGGCACGGGUAUGACUUCAAAUGUGAUACAAUGGUGACAACACAACAUUCAACAAGAAUAUGUAUGCUAGCCAAGAAGAAUGGUACAAACGAGUGUGACUUUAAGGGCUCACGUACUCGCCAGUCACUCGGUGAAAUCAUGUCCAAUUAUCCUAAACAGUUUGAGAAACACAACUGGGACGGUUUGCAGGAAGCUCCAUAUUUUACAACCAAUUUCCAGAACGAGACUGUGAACGAGACACAUGCAGUCUGGUUUGAGGGAAUUGACAGUCUAUUGGACAAGUAUCAGACAGUCAAGGAAACUGGGCUAGAAGGUGUGGUGGUCUGGACGGCGGAUGACCUCACAAUCGAAGCUACUGAUGAUGAAAUUGGUCUGAUCUGGAACUGGAUGGUCCAUACCCUCUUCUUGACUGGUACGACGGUGAAGACUGAACGGAUUGAUAUGGCAGGUAAAGCUGCUGGUAUCGGGGUAGGCUGUUUUCUGGGAGGCUGUCUAUUUGGUUUUAUCAUCACCUGCAUCGCCUACAAUAAAAGAAUUAAGAAAAUGAGAAUCAGGAGACCGUUUGAAAAGGAUGAUCUAUCAGCUGAUGAUUUCCACGAUGACGACAAGCUGUAAAAGAGUUGACGAAUUUUCUUUUUUUUUUUUUGGAAGAGGAAAAAGGGCUGUGAAGAAUACAAAGCUUGAAGU